GUGGAAUGCAAAAGCUAGGACAUGAUGGAAACAGGACUUGACGAUCCUUCCAGAAUGCCGGAGGAAAGUUCUCCCAGGCGGACCCCGCAGAGCGUUCCAUACCAGGACCUGCCUCACCUGGUCAACGCCGACGGGCAGUACCUUUUCUGCAGAUACUGGAAACCCAUGGGCACACCCAAGGCCCUCAUCUUUGUGUCGCAUGGAGCUGGGGAGCACUGUGGCCGCUAUGACGAGCUGGCUCAGAUGCUGAUGGGGCUGGGGCUACUGGUGUUCGCCCACGACCACGUUGGCCACGGACAGAGCGAAGGGGAGAGGAUGGUAGUGUCCGACUUCCACGUUUUCGUCAGGGAUGUGUUACAGCACGUGGAUAUCAUGCAGAAAGACUACCCAGGGCUUCCUGUCUUCCUUCUGGGCCACUCCAUGGGAGGUGCCAUCGUCAUUCUCACGGCCGCGGAGAGGCCAAGCCACUUCUCCGGUAUGGUCCUCAUUUCACCCUUGGUUCUGGCCAAUCCUGAGUCUGCGACGACUUUCAAGGUCUUCGCUGCGAAAGUUCUCAACCUUGUCCUGCCAAACCUGUCCCUGGGCCCAAUUGACUCCAGAGUGCUCUCUCGGAAUAAGACGGAGGUGGAGCUUUACAAUACGGACCCACUCAUCUGCCGGGCAGGUCUGAAGGUGUGCUUCGGCAUCCAGCUGCUCAACGCCAUUUCGCGGGUGGAGCGGGCCCUCCCCAAGCUGACCUUGCCCUUCCUGCUGCUCCAGGGCUCUGCCGACCGCCUUUGUGACAGCAAAGGGGCCUACCUGCUCAUGGAAUCCGCCAAGAGCCAGGACAAGACGCUCAAGAUAUACGAAGGUGCCUACCACAUUCUCCACAAAGAGCUUCCUGAAGUAACCAACUCCGUCUUCCGUGAAAUAAACAUGUGGGUCUCCCAAAGAACAGGGGUGGCGGGAACGGGGUCCCCACCCUGAGUGCACCGGCUACGUGGCCGGCGCACGGUCAGGGACGUGGGCAGAGGAUGGGCAGAAGCUGGCUUCUCACGCUUGGCUUGCCGGGGGAGGGGGGAGGAAAUCACAACCUGGAGGAAUCCCUAGCACGAUUUUGUUGAUUUUGUUGUAUACCAGGCUGCCUGCUACUGGGUCUACCUUAAGGUGUAGAUACAUUGUGAAAAAAU